AUGUUGCAUAAUAAUGGAUACGAACGGUACCGAGAAAGAAGAGGCGAGAAUCCUCGUGAGUUCACCCGUAAAAUAAUAGCUCUGACUGUGACUUACUUUUCAGCAAUCUCCCUGUUCAGCACUUCCAUCCGAGUCGCAUUUCCGCUGAGCUCGGCGCUUGCCAAUUUGCGUCCGAGCUCGUUGGAGGUUAGUCAGAAGAAAUAUGAAGAAAAUUACAAAAAUAAAACAGUUUUCAGGAGGACGAGGAGCCUGCGGAGAAGUGGCGCACCCGCAAGGUUUGUGGGGCCAAGUUCCAAGAUCAUCGCGGUCCUAUCGAAAUUGGGAAUGUGAAGAAGUUCCUCGCGCAAAAGAACCAGAUGAUCAAAUGGAUCAAGACCUCGAAGAAAGCAAUCGGACCAAUAUGGGUUGGCCACUCAAUUCCAACUCCGAUGGGCCCCACGAACAUCGUUGACUGGAUGGCGGAGGUGAGCACUUUCUGUAGCAUUAGUAACAAUUACUUCUUUAGAGGCUCGACUUCGACGCGUUCGAAGCAUUCGCCCGCUACUACGCUCUCAUGAGACAUGAGCAUCCGGUCAUGAACAUGUUCAUCGAGAAACGUGGAAGUGCGGAAGAUGCAAAACGGAUAGGGAAAGAGCUGCUGAAGAUUACGGAGGUGGAACCUCUCUUCAUCGCCCCACCCCACGCCGACUUUCUCAUCAAGAUCGCCCAUGGACAAGAACCUGAGCUCAUCCAAAUGUCGGAUCUCACCACCACACUCAUCACGAUUGAAGACUUCUUCUUCCGAACCGAUCCAUUGCACCACUUCAAGAAGCGUUUCGGAGACUCUGUCAGAUCGGUCAGACCUUUGUACGCGCCGGAGGUGGAGAGCAUCGUCGAGAAGUGCGGCAGAUUGGAUCGUCGUCGUUGCUUCUGGAGCAUCGAGUUUUUUUCUCCCGAAGAACGGAACAGAGCCGCGAGGAGAGCUGAGCAUGUUGACGUCUUCUACUGCGAAAGCUCGUUCGAUCCGAUGAACAUCACAAGGACGGCGGAUUUGAAGAUCUUCUACAAUUAUCAGAACUGCCAAGGAGUCCGGUUGACCCUGAAGUACGAAGUGACCGGAGUCCUCGAGCAGAUUUUCAGGGACCACAAACUGAAAGUCUGUAAGGAUGCAGAUGAGGUUAACGUGCUCGUGAUCACCGACUUCCCUCCACACCACAAUCGAUUCGAUCAGAAAAAGUGGUUCGUGGAGCAGAUUUGUAAGCUGAACUACAUCGGAUGGUCGUAUAUCAUGCCGGUCUUCGAUGAGAUGAAGGAACUCCCGGACAAGGAGGACAUGACGUACAAAGUGCUGAGCCAAAUCGACGACGUUGCCAGAUCGCUCGGCAUCAUCGCGCAGGGAGACAUCAGAUGGGAGUACGGACUAGAGGUGGAUCGAGAGUUGCUCGACGUCCUCUUGUUCACGGUUUCCGAGGAACGCGAAGGAAUCCUGUUCAACGUCCUGUUCAAGACGACGGAAAUCGGAAUCCAGCUGCUGAACGGACUCAUGGAGAGAUUGGAUAGGGAUCAAUACCUUCUUGAAGUGGACGGAUUGAUUGUAAGUUCAGUUGUAUCAGUAAGAUGUUCAACUAUUAAAUUUUGUUUCAGCCGACGAUCAUCCCAAGACUGGCCGUCCAGAAGCCAAUUUCGCGGAGGAUGCGCUUUGCGUGCGGAAAGGAGAUCGACCGUCUCGACGCCCAUCAUCGCCAUCGUCAUAAUUUGGACGCCGAGCAACAAAGUCACAGAAUGAAGUUUAAUUCGGCCGCUUCGUGUGGCGUGAGGAUCGUCGACGAGUGGGAGACUGAUGCCGAGAUGGGAUUCAUCAAAGUGGAAGGAUGGUCGGAGAGAAACGUCAACCAAGCAUUCGAAGAUCUCCAGAACAUCUUAUCGCCAAUCAAGCUCAACUGCCGCAACCACAACUCCCUCCUCUACGGAGUCGGUGAGGCCUACGUGAGAAGUCUUCCAAAACAGUUUGAGAUGAAGGCGCUUGUCGACAUCGACAAGUUUCACCUGGAGAAUAAUGCAAUCGGAGGUCUUAUCAGAAUCUUUGGCGACUCAAAACAAGCGGUCCUCCGUUGUCUGGAGACGUUCGAAGCCCGAAAGAAUCAGUUGGAGAUCUGGACGUCGAUCCCUCAUACACUCGCGUGCUCCAGCCUCACCGAAAGCAUGGACUGCAAUCACAGAGAUCUCGGCCUGUCGCUCAAUGCCUUUUGCAAAACUUCCGGGCAAAGCGGCACCGUCGAGUUCCGUGGAACAGUUGAGGCCUACGAGAUGGUCGCGAAGGCGUUGGAGGAGAUCGAUGAACAGCUGUAUCAGAGGCGGACUCGCAGCUGGUCGAAAAAAGAAAGAGCGGCAGAGCAGAAGAAGACCCCGGAGCAGAGACAGUUGGAGGAAGAGGAGGGAAAGCUAGCGGAGGAUACAUGUUAUUGUCUGCUGAAGGUCGGAGUGACCGAAGACUUCUUCCGCAAGGAGUGCGGACACGUGCUUUGCAUUGAGUGCACUCGGAACAUGGUCCGAGCCGCAAUCAGUGACCGCCGCUUUGUUAUACCAUGUGGUUCCUGCGGAGAGCCAUUCACCCCGGACGAGAUCAAAGUAAGUAAUUUUCAAGAACCACCUAUUCAUUCUCAAAAGAUCUUAAUUUUCAGUACAUUGUUCUGGGAGGUUCGAACCGACUCAAAGAACUCGACGUCGAGAAGUGGCGCUUCGUGUUCGCCAAGGCCCAGGAGCACCUCGCCGAAACGAGGCGAGACGUCGAAGUCUGUCCAACUCCCGACUGCCUCGGACUGUGCCACGACGCUGGUUACCAUCCCCAAACGGCUCUCAACUGCGGAAUUUGCGACUCCGACUACUGCUCCACGUGCUUCGGCCGGGCUCACGGUGGCUCGCGGUGCCUACGAAAACGCGGGGAGCACGACCUGGAGACCAAAAUAUACAUGGAAAGGGAGGGAGUCAAGAAAUGUCCCAAAUGUGGUCUGGCAACCCUCAAGGAUGGCGGAUGCAACCACAUCACCUGCACCGUCGCGAAGUGUGGAGCUCACUGGUGCUGGCUGUGUGAGUACCUGGCCAGUGACAUCGGGGACUGCUACAAACACAUGAGGGCCGAGCACCAGAACGAUAUGUACGAUUUCGAAGUAAGUGUUGGUUUUGUUGACCCUUUUUGAAGGCUUCUUUUCAGUUCGGUGACGAAGCGAUGCUCGUACAUGCCAUGUUGCAAUGGCCCAUGGAUGCGAAUCUGUUCGAUGAGCACGACUAG